GCGCCAUGUUGAGAAGGAACUUAACAAAGCUGCAAGGAGGAAGGAGGAACAUCGGUUCGGCGUGUUUUAACACCUUUCCACCACCCGGAACGUCAUGGCUGACCCGGAGAAACAGCCUGAACAACCAAAGGCUGCACAACAAAAGCAAGUCAUCGCAACCAAAGUUACCGGGACUGUGAAGUGGUUUAACGUGAAGAGCGGGUAUGGAUUCAUAAACAGAAAUGACACCAAAGAUGACGUGUUUGUUCAUCAAUCAGCCAUUGUGAAGAACAACCCCAAGAAAGCGGUACGAAGUGUGGGGGAUGGUGAAGUGGUAGAGUUUGAUGUGGUGGUAGGAGAGAAGGGAAAUGAGGCUGCAAAUGUGACUGGUCCGAAUGGGGAGCCAGUGAAAGGGUCUCCAUAUGCUGCAGACAAGCGGAGAGGCUAUCGCCAAUGGUUCUACCCUAGGCGUGGUGGCGGUGGAGGUAUGCGUCCACGAAGGCCUCGUGAUGAUGCUGAAGGUUAUGAGAGUGGCGAUGGCAAGGGUGAAGAGGGGACAGAAGCACGUGAAGGAGGCCAGCCCCGGCGCUAUAGACCCCGCCGCCGUUUUGAGCCCAACAAUUAUUACACUAACCGGCCACGUCGCCCUCCUGCCAACCGUGAUUCUCAAGCCCAAGAUGGUGGAGAGCUUAAGGAGGGUGGAGAGUUUGAGGGUGGCGAAAGCCGAGGCAUUGUCCGGGGACGUGGAGGACCCCCUCGACGCUUCUUCCGUCGUAACUUUAGAGGAGGGCGUGGUCCACCACGACGACCUCGUAGCCAGGAUGGGCAGAACGUGAGUGAAGGUGAGGGUCGCGAACCUAGGGGUGAUGGUCCUCAGGGAGGAAGACCCCCACGUCCCCGCUACCGCCGCCGUUUACCUCGUCAGUCUCGUGGACCCCCACGCAGCAGUCAGAGUGAGGGAGAAGGUAAAGGCAAGAAUGAGUCGGAUGGUGGAGAAUGGGAAGGCAAGUCGGAACCAUCUGAAGGGUCGCCACAGUCACAAGAAGCCUCCCAAGCUGUGCAGAACACGACCACUGAGAGCAGCGCCUAAACAACCUACUCACCUAUUGCUCGCUGGCCUGGCGCUCUCUAAUGCCACUUAGUAGAUCCAAAGGCAAUUUAAAAAAAUCUUAACAUCCAAUUUUGUGUUAGUGCAUGAGAUAAAAACAAGCAAAGCAGACCUGAUUUUAAUUUAGAGUGAAGACACCUCCUUGAGAAAAAACAGUAACCUGCGUCAAGUCCUCUCAGGACACAAAAAUCUUUCCAUCUAACUGCCAAAAGUAAAUGUAUCAAGGCUCAAAAUGAAACCCUGGUGCUUGAGACUCAUCACAUAUGGGGAAGACAUCUGGCAUCACAAAUAAACAAAAUUAAUUAACGGAUGCGUGGAGAUUUAUAGUUUUUUCUCGCAAGAGGUUUUUCUUUUCUUGAGAGUUUGAUAGUUUAAGAUAAGAAUAUGUCCACCCACAUUACGUCUAUUAAUAAUGUUUGUUUCUUUUUCCAUCUUUGAAUGUAUUGAUUUUGUGUUUGUCAUGUUCAUAAUCUUCUGGAAGAGGUCAUUAACGUUAUGCUGUUCUAUAAUGAUCAUAAAGUUUAGAUAUCCAGCUGUUUGAGUUUCCUCUUUUUUUUUAAUGAAGUUUGGUGCACUUUUCAGUGGAAUUAUGGUUUGAUUUUGAGUCUUGUUGGAUGAGUCUUCUUUAUCAUAGGAGGAGUGUCUGUAGCACAUAGCAACUGGAGGGAGAGGUUGAACAUACAUCCUGUUUUUAGUGUCACACCCCACAUCUCCGGGUCAGGCAUGAAAUAUAAUUUUGCAGCUUUGGGGAAUUCAGUGGGGUUGUUGGGAAUUUAAGUAGUAAAAAUGAAACUGAAAAUAAUUUGCAUAAAAAUGCAACUUGUUUCUCCAUUUGCCCUGCCCAUCUGUCAGUCUGGGUUUUCUAUCGUGCAUUGUGUUGUGUGUGUAAGUUGGCUGGGGCAGGUGUUGUUAUGUGCUUGGCUGACUUCCUGUUUUUUUGUAGGAUCAGGUGAUAAUAUAACCAACCAAUGAAUCCAUGCUUGUCCAACAAUGCAUGUGUUUGAUGAAAUGAGAAAUUGCAUAAUAUGUAAGGAAGAUAGUGUACAAAUUUGGAAAGCACAUUAUCAAUCCAGACAUCACCAGUUGGCACCAACACUUGAGUUUGGUGGUUUCUGUAGAGGCUUAAAUUUGUUUAAGUACACGAAUGCAUAUGACUGGAGUUAGUCAAAUCAGCUUUAAGUUUAUGACAGCAUAAAUUGGUACUUGGCCCAAAAUGACGGUCAUGUGAGAGACCUGGCCAACAGUCAAGAUGUAGAGAGUUAUUUAAUUUACACAGUGUAACUAUCCAUCUUUGGCAUAUUUAUGAGUGAAGCAUAAGCAGAAAUGCUUUAAAUUAAAUUGAAAAUGAAGAUCGGUAUCGAAGUGAAUUUGUAUCAAAUUUGGUGUUCCAAACAGUGCCUGCCAUGCACUGUAUGUACAAAAAGAACUUAAUUUUUCACGAAACAUGUGCAUUUUGAAUAAACAAGCCAAAAAAAUUGAA